AUGAGUUCAACGUACGAUGCCGAGAUCAUCAAGUAUCGAACAUACCUUAUGGCGGGAAAUUAUUUCGAAAUGGCAACCACAACCCUACUCAUAUGGCACUACCUGCUGACCGUCGACAAGGAGUUCGGCUACUUUUGGAGAAAGAGAUUCUCCGGCGUGUGCGCCUUAUAUCUUGCGAAUCGUUACCUCAUCCUUGUUGUCAUUGUAUACCAAACACCCUGGUGGAACCUGCGCCUCACUCGCCAGCUCUCACUCGCGACAAAUCCGCUAUUGCUAUACUUUGUUGCGUACAGCCCCCUCUUGAUCGAGCCAACCAUCGGAAUUCUCGUCAACCACUUCCUCAUUGAGCUCCAAGAAGCGGCGUCCAGUCCCGUGUACCUCUCCACUUCGUCACCCGGGUCCUCCAACAUGAAGGAUACCCUCCCAUCCGCAGACGGCUCCAUCGGCUUACUGCAGUUCGCUCGCGCAGACAUCGACGGGUGGAUCCGCUCGGAGUCCGCACCUCCCAGUGCUUCCACAUAUGCGCGCGUGAAGGCGCUGUACGAGCAGCUCGGCAUCCGCCCGCGGUUCGCGGCAUACGAGGAGGCGACGUACCAGCGUAUCGUGAGUCUCAUCGAGACCAUCUCAGAGAAGCCGCAGGCGAAGGCGGGCGAGGUCAUGCUCCGGUGCGAGGUGUUCAAGGUCUUCCUCGACAAGAUCUACAAGCGCCAGAAGUAA